UAUCGAACGGCCAAGAUGUCGUACGCACCAGAUGGACGUCGUUUGUCUCCUGGCGAAGUCAUCAUUGACGAGCCUCCCGUGAAAACCGCCGAAGAGGAGUGGCGAGAGCAGCUAGAUGUCAUCCUCAUGUGCCCAGACUGCAAAGAGAUGCCACCCAAUCUGAAUUUCUCCGUCGGUGACACCAUCUGUGGCUCGUGCGGUCGGGUUCUGAGCGAGCGCAAUCUUGACUACCGAUCCGAAUGGCGAACCUUCUCCAACGAUGACCAAGGCAACGACGAUCCCUCCCGUAUCGGUGAUGCCGCAAAUCCGCUGUUGCAUGGCUCGCAGCUACAGACUGAGAUCGCAUUCGGAGAUGGCGGCGCCCGUCAUCGAGAUCUAUCGCGCGCCCAGAACAAGUCGAACCAUGACAAGACAAACAAGUCUCUCCAGAAUGCGUACUCGCAAAUCGGAGCUCUGUGCGAAUCAUUCCAGAUCCCGAAGCCAGUCGCGGAGACCGCCAAGAUGCUGUACAAGAUGACCGAUGACGGCAAGAUCUUCAAGGGAAAAUCGCAGGAUGCCGUGAUCGCUGGAUGCAUCUUCAUUGGUUGUCGCCAACAUGAAAUGGGUCGUUCAUUCCGCGAAAUCUACAAGUUGACCAAGGUCAGCAAGAAGGAAAUCGGCCGAACAUUCAAGACGCUCGAGAACUAUCUCCAGCAACAGCAACGCAAAGAAGGUGCCGGCAACAAGGUCGCUGGAAACGGUGCGAUCCUCAACAACAGCUCCUUCAAGGCUACCAAGGCUACCAGUGCAUCUGAGCUCAUCAUCCGUGCUUGCAACAAACUGGCCCUGGACAACCAGACGAGCAUGAUCGCUCAAGAGUGUGCCGAAAACGUCACCAAGAAAGGUGUUGCGGCUGGUCGAUCUCCUUUGUCCAUCACAGGCGCUUGCAUCUUCCUCGUUGCCCACAUGAUGGGUCAGCCCAAGUCAGCCAAGGACAUUGGUUUAGCGGUUGACGUUAGUGACGGCACCAUUCGCACCGCCUACAAGCUCAUACACCAGUCUCUCGAUGAUGUUCUGGACAAGAAGUGGGAGAAGAGGGGCGCGGACUUGUCCAAGAUCCCUUCUGCAUAGAAAGCUUCUCGCUCGAAAGUGAUGCAGCAGGGGACCGGGAUUGAUCCUGAUUUCUCAAGGUAAAGAUUGUAAUUAGCUUCACUUGUUUCCUAGUCGGUUUAGAAGAUACUGGGCAGCAUGUCAUUGGCGUUUGCGGUCUGAUUUAUACACGAAGCACAGGGACAGUAUCACGGGGCGUUCAAUCUGAGGGGAGGGCCUCAGACUUUCUUGCUGUUCAUUUUAUACCCCGGUUUCCUAGCUUCAUAUCAGAUUGAACAUUUCACCAGAUCAGGCCGGAUCUGCUUUUUGUUUCUCGACUAGACCAACGCAAAAAAUCAAAAGAAAAUGGGCGUGUGUGUGCGCCCAAAAAAAGAAAAAGAAAACAUUGUCCUUGCUUGCAAGUGAAUGUAUGCGUGUGUGGCUCGUUUUGACAGGUUUCUGGCUCGUUUGCCCAGCCCAGCCAACAUUGUUUUUCCUACUCAUUUUAAACAUAUGUCUCUUUACACCAACUGCUGCUCGUCGUCUUCGUCGUCUUCGCCGUUACCCGCAUUUUAUGUUUUUCUUCCAGGUCGGGGGUGACUUUUCUUUCCCACAAGAC